GGAUGCUAGCCAAAAUACAGAUUACCCGUCUUCAACUGAAACUGCUGGCAAUAAUGAUGACCAAACAUUGUUAGUAGAACAAGAACAUGACGAUCAAGAUCCUACCGCUGAGACAGGUGAGGGAGAUGCCAGGGAGAAAGCGAAUACACACCGUGCCAAUAUGGACAGCUGAAAAAUGCACAGUACCAUUGAAAAUACCUAUCAAGAAAUGCAAAUGUUGAAAAAAAGACAGUGGAACGACGUCAUGAAAAGGUUAAUUGCCAUAGUCUGUCAGCUUGCAGAAUGAAACCUUGCUCUCCGUGGCCACACUUCCAACCUACAUGAAACAAACAAUGGAAACUUUGUGGUGGAGCUGCUGGCAGAGUUUGACCCAGUGAUGAGCGAGCAUGUCAGACGAGCUGAGACAAAAGAGAUUGCUGACCAUUAUCUGGGGAAAACGAUACAAAAUGAGCUGAUCACUCUUAUUGGAGACAAGACAGUGGAAGCAAUAAUACACGGAGUGAAACAAUCCCAUUACUACUCUGUGAUAAUGGACUGCACCCCGGACGCUGCACACAUAGAGCAUCUCUCUGUGACACUGCGCUUUGUCAAGUGCCAAAUGGGUGCCGGGGCUACUGUUGGAGAGCAUUUUGUCGGUUUCCUACCAGUGCUUGACACAUCAGGCGCAGGGCUAACAGAUGUCUUCUUGAAGCAUUUGGAGAAGUUAGGCCUGGAUGUCGAAACAUGCAGGGGACAGUCGUAUGAUAACGGUAGCAACAUGCGGGGGGAAAAAUAGCGGUGUGCAGAAAAGGGUGCUUGAUAUCAACAAAAACAGCACUGUUCAUGCCAUGCGCCAGCCACAGUCUAAACCUCGUCAAUGUAGAUGCUGCGAAGUCAACAGUGGAGUCUGUGAGCUUCUUUGGGGUGCUGCAACGUCUGUACACCAUUUUCAGCUCCUCCACACAGAGAUGGGAGAUUUACAAGACAAACGUAGCACAGAUGACCCUAAAGGCCAUAUCCAACCCGCGAUGGGAAUGAAAGUGCUGCGCUAUCAGCUUCCUGCUGUCGGCGAAGCUCUUCUCUCACUGGUCGAUCAUGCAACAAAAAAAGGUGACAGUGAGACUGCGUCUGCUGCCAGAGGCCUUGAACAGGAGAUAACGAGCUGGAAAUUCCUGCUUACUGUCAUCAUCAUGUGGUACAACAUUCUACAUGAGGUCGAUCAUGUCAGCAAGCUGCUCCAGAGCCCACCAGUUGGGAUCGAUGUGCUCCAGUACGAGGUGGGAUAUGUUCUUAAAUUCCUAAAGGAAUACAGAGAGAACGGCCUUUCAUCCGCCCAGACAGAUGCUAGAGACAUGGCGGAAGAGAUGGAGAUGCCAAUGGUCUUCCCCACUACACCAGGCCCAAAACCCAAACGCCAGUUUCCGUACGAGCCCCAAAAUCCGGAUCCUUCCUUGACAGUGACACCCGAGGAAAAGUUCAGGAGAAAUGUUUUCCUCCCACUAGUGAACUCUGCCAUCACAGGCACUAGUGAGCACUUCAAGUUGAUGGAGACAUUUCAUGGUCUGUUUGGGUUCAUUUACAGAAGAGAGGAAAUGAAAAGGGCCGUGGAAAGUUACACCCUCAAAGAAAGCUGCGCAAAUAUUGAAAUAACCCUCGGCGAUGUGGAUGCUGAGGACCUUGUGCGCGAGAUCUCGGCUGCUGUCACUGCCGUGCCAGCAAAAGAAACCACCGGCCUGCAGAUUCUGAGCUACAUCUACAGAAACAGAUUAGUUGAACUGUAUCCAAACCUCAGCAUUGCUCUCCGACCCAUGAUGACAGUGCCUGUGGCGGUAGCGAGCGGAGAGAGGAGUUCCUCUCGCUUGAAGCUAAUAAAAACACACCUGAGGUCAACAAUGCUCCAGGAGCAGCUGUCAGCUCUCGCUCAGAUUUCCAUUGAGCACGAGGUGACAAAAUCGCUGGACAAAGAUGAACUUAUCAGGGCAUUCUCAGCUCUCAAACACAGAAGGGUGGAUUUCUAAAAAGGGCUCAGGUGAAAUAUACGCCCGCCGCCCGGUGAGCUGUCCACGGUGCUGAAAAAACGCGGAGCCCAUCGUUAUUUAUAAGUUUGGUUCAUUGUCAGUCAGACACUUUUUCUUCUUUGAUUUUGUUAAAUAAUUCAAGUUGAGGGGAUGUUUUAGCUGUUUUUUUUUAAAGUCAGCUCAGACAGCUGAAAAUAUACUGCGCAAAUCAAUUAAGCAGAGAAGUUGG